AUGCCGUCCCUCUCGAUCCUCCGACGCGGUUCCAGGUCGCAGGCGCAGCGAGGCGGAACGAACGCAGCAAGAGGUGACCCGCCAGUCGACAGUGCCAGCACGGCACCAACUUCUCCGGACAGCAACAAUGAUGGCGAGAGCGGUAGCGAGCGUGAGAGACGCGGCACCAAGCGGGAGAUCAUCCAGGACUUCUUGAACCGAACCAGAGGACGAGCCGGGCCGGGAUCCAGCGCUUCGUCCCAGGGCCAGACGCAAGCACGACCAAAAACGGCGGCAGCACAGACGCCGACGCAGACGCAGACGCAGACUUCGAUACAGACUUCGACGACACAGGCACCAUCAUCCGGCGGCCCAACCGAGGCGUCGGGAAGUGGCGGCCGGCGCGGCCACGGAAGUAAAGGAAAUGGCAGUAGCAGUCGAAGUGGGGAGAAACAGAGGAAGGCUCGACCCACCGUAGAGCAACCUGCCGGCCCUGAGCCACUUGAUGACCCCACUUCCACGUCAGACGGGUCCCAGUGGAGCCCCGCACUGCCAUACUGGAUCCCGACAGCCCGAUCACCACCCAAUUCGAACAAACCCCUUCCUUUCCCGCCUCCCCCGGACGCCGAGGACACCAAUGGCCCUGGCUCUGGCUCUGGCUCCUCUCCCACCGCAAAACCUGUACUGAGGCUCGGCAAAAUCAUGGCAUGUCUCAGCGAGUCUGACGUGGAGAAGCUCUUCUCGGGAGCACCUCAGUUCUUCGCCCGUUCCGAGGGCCACUUUACCGGUGCCCCUCACCCGUCCGUCGCCUUUCCAUGGGAUGAGACGCUCGAGAUUCGAGACCUCUGCGACCGCGUGCAGGUCGAGGAUGCCGCCUGGAGCAGCAUCACCGCCUGGCCGCACAUCACCCGUGAUGCCCGCCGCGACUCCCUCGCCCGCCGCGACUCCAAUGCCUCGACGUCCAGUGUCAAGAAGAAGCGCGCCCACUUUUACCCGCGAUGCCGUGAGCGGCCUAAUAUGCUCAGCAUGCAGGGGCUCGAGAAGGGGACCAUGGGCUACCAGGCUGCGCUCGAGAUCUCCGUCGCCGAUGCCCUGCAGGAGGAGCAGUUUGGAUUUGACAGCGUCGGUCACAAGGCCAAAGCCAUCAUGGAGCAGCGCCAAAGAAUGCUGACGUCCAAGGACGGACUGCGUCAUCUCGAGGAGUCGGCUAUCCUGGACCAGCUCAUCAAGAACAGCGACCGGUACAUGACGGAACGCAUCCACAAGAACAUCUCAAGCACCUUGUACAACGAGCUCUUUCUCGGCAUCCUGCACCCGCCCACGCGAGUCGUGGAUCAUCGAGAUCCCUACAGCCUCUCCGUCCAGAUACAGGCCCUGCUGAAGGUGCUGGCCACGCCCAACGUGUGGACCGACUUCUCCCACGUCGAGUGGAGGAUCCGCUUGGGCCAAAUUCUGUGGGGCUCGUAUGAGGGGGAUGAUGUCGAGACGGACGUCGAGAUUGAGGAUGCCGAGACCAACGACGAGAGGAAGGAGGAGCGCUACUGGCUCCUUUUACAAAUUUUGCUUGCCUGCGAGCUCCUGAUCCGUCUCGAUGCCAUCACCGAAGGCGAGGAACUUGGCAUCGAAUCCAUCAAGCCUACCGAAAUCCAUCGCUUUGAAAAGGACGCAACUCCCUCAGUCAAAUGGUCGAUGCAUUUAGCCCGGGCCUGGCUCGACAACAUUCAAGUAGUUGAAACGGAGGUCGACGCUACUGCUGCUGCAGAUAACGAACGGCACCAUCUCAGUGGGUGGCUGGCUUCCUUGACGGGCAGAAUGACCAUGAACCAUGGUGGGCACGCGCACGCACACGGGGGCAAGAUGACAGUCUAUACCAUUCAGGGCCGGCAUGCUCAGCGUCAGGUUGACGGGCUGACGCACUUUGCAAGGAAGCUGCGGUGGCCGGACGUGGAUUCGUAUUCGUCGCGUAUCAAAGAGAAUGUGAGCAAGGCCUCGGAAGCGACCGCCAUCCACACGCCCGUGGACGAAACCCCGCUCAGCAUUGACACGAAACGAUCGUCGUAUUUUGGUGGCGGUCGCGCAGAGGCCGACGUGGCUCGCCAUCCGUCGCGACGACGCAAGAUUUCUGCCGCUCUACACCCUUCUGGUUGGCUGUCCAAGUCGUACGUUUCUGGUCUGAUGUUGCCUGGCGAAGGCAUGUACCACCUGAUCAUGGCAACGCUACUGGAAAACGAUCAGGAAGCCAUGGACAAGCUCGGGCCCAUGGCCAAUCUCUGCGGUGGAUUCGUGUACUGCGGCAAGAGCUUCUGGAGCACAGCGUGCGUCGUCGGUCGUGUUCUGGCUGCGGGCAGAGGCUCCGCUGAGUGCAUGGGUUGGAUCUCAAGCGACAUUGUACCUGAAGGCUUGGGUAACGGCUGGCUGAACAUUGACGUUGAAGAGAUUCCCGAGGACGUCAAGAACACUGGGAAAAAGGCGAGACUCUGGGGCAAGACGUACAUUGAGCGACAGUCAUCUGUGCUUGGUGACACUGACCCAUCGUCCGUUUUGCCUGCCGAUUUCAUCAUUCCCAGCGAAAGCGGCUACAGUGAGCCGCCGCCUGCCAUGACCGUCGAGCUCCGAUCCCUCAAUCUGUACGCGCCUGUGGACUCUGUGAGCACGACGCCCACCGAGUCUGAUAUGGUGACACCAUUUUCUGAGAAUGGCGCUCCCCCGAGGCUGCACACAUACCCAUCAUCGAUUACCUUCUCGGUCGGCUUGCUGGGAGGUGACACACAGGAGUAUAAUUUUGCUCUGUCCAAAGAUGUAUACUUUGUCACGGCGCACCCAUGCGUUCCAUCUGCUCGCGUCAAGGUCGUGAGGUCUCCGUCCAGUCCGACUAUCCAGCAGAUUGAUGUCUCGGGAGAGACGUACACAAACAAGGCCUACAGCACCACCCACACUCUUGGCCAUCCCCUUCACAAGUACUAUACCUACACCCUCAUUCAUCUGUCGGAACUUCUCACUAGGAUCGCGACCUCUAGUCUUGAGGAGCUCCUCCUGACGACCGCCUCUGUUCGCCGACCGUCAUUGACUCCGGCGACGACAACUGACAGGACUCCUCGUGUCCUUGUCAUUGACUGCAUCACGGGGGUCAUGCAGCCUUCGCAGUCGGCAUCUGACGCGCCUCUGUCGCCCACGUCUCCGGUCAUGGAACGUGGACAGGGCAAUUUCAUGGCCUUGGCAAAAAUGCAUCUCGAGUCGAGGAGGAGGCAGUUUGGCAGCGAUAUGGAAAUUCUCGUCCGGGCGCUAUGUGCGGAGAAGGUAUGA